GCGUGAAUAACAGUGACUGUUGAACAUUUUAAAUCGACAUAAAUUCAUUUUUUUUGUUUUAUGGCAUUAUCUCAGCGCGUCCGUCCGCAGGAUACUCACACAUAUGCUUGAAUUCCGAGAAAGUGUAAAGUUUUAGGUGUCGCAAUGGGUGAAAGAAAAGGAACUAAUAAGUACUACCCUCCAGACUUUGACCCAGCUAAGCAUGGCUCUCUCAAUGGCUACCAUAAAACUCAUGCUUUGCGGGAAAGGGCCAGAAAACUGUCCCAGGGCAUCCUCAUUAUCAGGUUUGAGAUGCCCUACAACAUCUGGUGUGAUGGUUGCAAGAAUCACAUUGGCAUGGGCGUUCGUUACAAUGCUGAAAAGAAAAAAGUGGGGACCUACUACACCACGCCAAUCUACAGGUUUAGGAUGAAGUGCCACCUUUGUGUAAACUACAUCGAGAUGCAGACAGAUCCAGCAACAUGUGACUAUCUUAUAGUAAGCGGGGCAUGCAGGAAGGAGGAACGCUGGGACAUGGCUGAAAAUGAGCAGAUCCUUACCACUGAACGGGAGGAGAAGGAGAAACUGGAGACGGAUGCAAUGUUCAAGCUGGACCACGGUGGCAAAGAUAAAGAAAAGCUCACUAAAGCUCUGCCCUCCCUGACCGAGAUCCAGGACUAUCAGUCCGGCUGGAAGGAUGACUUUCAGCUCAACAGCACCCUCCGCAAGAAGUUUAGACAAGAGAAAAAAAUGAUGGCUGAGGAAGAAGAGAAGGACAACGCCGUACAGUUGAGAACCAACCUCUCCAUACCACUGCUGCCAGAGAAAGAGGAGGACAAGAAAAUUGCUGCUUUGCUCAAAUUACAGGCACCUGAGUCUUAUGAGGAGAAACAACACAGCAAGAGGAAAGAGAUUGCCUCCCGUUCAUGGUUUAAAUCCCCAUCAGCACCAGCAGGGGGAGCUGCAGGUAGUCUGCUCCAAAAGCUGGGCCAUCAAGGGAAAGAAGCAGCUGUGGCCAAAGCUCUGGGCUCCUCACACAGCCCCGUUCUCGGCAGGCGCACAGCAGGAUCUGGAUUAAAGGCUGAGCUCUGUGCCACCAUCACCCCUAAAAAGUCCAAACUAGAGGUGGUUUCUCCCAGUGAGGAGAAGCUCCUCGGGACAAGGAUCAAGGAAUCCACCUGUACGGUGCAGGGCGGGGCUAACGGAGAAGCUUCGAGUGAGGUGAAAGAAUGUGUCAAAGACAAAAAACUGAAUAACGCAGAGGAGUGUGCGAAGAAGGAGCAACAGGAUGAGCCGUCUACAACCUUCGUGUCCUUAGUGGCAGAUUACAGUGACUCUGGUUCAGAGGGUGGAGAAUGAGAAGGGGCAGACAGUCUGUUUACCCGCAGACGGAACAUGGACUGAACACAAAAACAACUGUUGUAGAACAAUAAAUCUAAAUUAUUUCAAGCUCUGGCAAAUCUUUAUAACCCUUUUUUUUAAUAUUUUCAGUGUUUUUGUCUGAAACCACUUAAAAUGAUUCUGUUCUACAUAUGUAAUCUAGAUUGAAAACUUGAGUGUUUUCCCAUGAAAAUGCCUGGCUAUUUACAGCGGACUGGUUCCAGCAUAUAUUAUUUUUACUGCACAGUUUUAGAGGAGGCUGAUAUAAGAGGUGUACAAAAAUUAAAAGAAAAAAAGACAAGUGGAACUUGUCUAAAUGUCUAGAAAAAAAAGUAAGGGGAAAACAUUUUUGUAUUAUUUACAGCUGAAUGAUGAACUUGUUUGUUUGAUCUGAUAGAGCAGCAUCACUCAAAGGCUAAAUAAACUCAUUUAAGUAAUAAUUGCUCA